AUGUUGGUGAAAUUGUUUCUCCUCGCUCUGGUGGGGAUUAGUACUGCUUACCAGUACUCGUACCAGUUCGAAUUCCCGUACAAAUACCCAGAAAAUAGAACUGGAUUUGAAUUUGGCGCUUGGGAACCCAACCGCCAAUAUGUCUACAAUGUAACCUCGAAGACCAUGACUGCCCUGCCGGAUCUGGAAGACCAAUGGGCUGGUACUGUAACGCGUGCCUACCUUGUGUUCCGUCCGAAGAGUCCGGAGUACAUUUUUGGCUAUGUCAAGCAGCCAGAGUACGCCGUUUUCAACGAGAUCCUGCCCCAUGGAUACAGAACAGAUCUCCGUAGCCGCGAUCUCAAGUGGCGCCCAAUGCCAAUGAGCCCAAAGCCGUUUGCCCUCCGUUACCACAAAGGAGCCAUCAAAGGUUUCUACGUUGACCAAUCUGUUCCCAAUCACGAAGUCAACAUUCUUAAGGCAUGGCUCAGUCAAUUCCAGCUUGACACCCGUGGAGCUAACAUGUAUAAAUCCAAGCACAACCAAUUUCCUGGAAACAACUCUUUCACCGGUAUGUACGAAGUGAUGGAACCAGUUGUAACCGGCAAAUGCAAGACCAUGUACGACGUCAGCGUUCUCCCUGAAUACAUGAUCAAAGCAAACAGUCAUAUGGUACCUCAGCCACAACUUCGCGAAGACGAUCAAUACUUCUUCCAAAUUGUCAAGACCUACGAUUUUGAUCGUUGCGAACAACGUAUGGGCUACCACUUCGGCUUCAGCGGCUACAGUGACUUCCGUCCAAACACCAACAACAUGGGCAACGUUGCUUCCAAAUCUGCCGUUACGAACGUAUACUUGACUGGUACCUGGUAUAACUACACCAUCCAAUCCGCCAGCACUGUAAACAAAGUCGCAGUUGCUCCCUCUCUGAUUAAUAAGGACAAAGCCCUAGUGUAUGCUUCCGUAAAUUGCACUUUGAACCGCGUAGAAGAAUACAAGCAGACUCCAAUGGGUCCAGCUGAAGACCAUAAGGUCUUUGUCGACAUGGUCUACAGCUAUAACAUGCCGAGUGACAAGAAGAACAACGUCCGCCCAGGAAAUGAAACUUCCUCUUCUUCGUCUUCGUCCUCGUCCUCGUCCUCUUCGGAGUCCAGCUCAUCCAGCUCGUCUGAAUCGUCGUCCAGUUCUGAAUCAGAAGAAAACCCUAAGGUCAGCCCUAUGAACCAGUACAAGGCUAAAUUGGAGGAUGUCGAAAAGCGUGGAAACCGUAACCGUCGUGACUUGAAUGCAUACAAGGAAAAGCAGUACUACGAAGCCUAUAAGAUGGAUCAGUACCGUCUGGGUCGCCUAAAUGAUACCUCAUCUGACUCCAGCAGCUCGGACGAUUCUUCGUCAUCCAGCUCCUCAUCCAGUCAAGAAUCCAACGAACGCAACAACUCUUCUUCUUCAUCUUCCUCGUCAUCAUCUUCUUCGUCCUCAUCCUCGUCCCAGUCCUACAGUUCGUCUUCCUCAUCGGAAUCCUACUCUCUAAGCAGCGAGGAGUUCUACUAUCAACCUGCCCCGGAAAGCUUCAAGGAUGCACCACAGGCUCCGUUUAUGCCAUUCUUCACCGGAUACAAGGGAUACAACAUUCAAUACGCACGUAACGUUGAUGGACACCGCGCCAUUUACAAAUUGGUCCAGGAAGUCGCCGAUGAGAUGCAGAACCCAUCAACCAUGCCGAAGUCGAAUACCCUGAGCAAGUUUAACAUUGUAAGCCGCAUUUUCCGCACAAUGAGCUAUCAGGAGAUCUAUGAAGUUGUCCAGAAAUAUUACGUUUCGCCGAAGGAACGCAUGGAAGGCGACAACAACAGUGAGAAGUUUGCCAAGCGCGUCGAUGCCUGGUGCUUCAUUCGCGAUGCUGUGGCAGAAGCUGGUACUCCACCGGCCUUCAAGGUUAUCAAGGAAUUCGUCGAAGAGAAGAAAAUGCGUGGCCUCGAAGCUGCUGACGUUCUGUCGACGCUGGUAAGAGCGAUCCGCUAUCCCACAGAAUCCCUGUUGCAUGAAUUCUUCCUGCUGGUCACGUCCGACACUGUUCAACAUCAAGAACACUUGAACACAAGCGCUCUCUUUGCCUACAGUUUGUUCGUUAACCACGCUCACGUGAACAAUCGUUCUGCAUAUAACUACUACCCAGUGUUCAGUUUUGGCCGUAUGGCUGACGCUGACUACAAAAUUGUCGCCCACAAAAUUGUUCCAUGGUUCUCUCAUCAGUUGCGCGAAGCUGUGAAUGCCGGAGAUAGCAUUAAGUGCCAAGUCUUCAUCCGCUGUCUUGGAAAUCUUGGACAUCCGGAAGUAUUCAACGUAUUCAAACCGUAUUUCGAAGGCAAAUAUGAAGUUAGCGAUUACCAGCGUUUGGCUAUGGUUGUAGCAAUGGAUAGAAUGACCGAAAAUUAUCCACAUAUGGCCCGUUCCAUGUUGUACAAGAUCUACCAGAACAUUGGAGACAUUCACCAAAUCCGAUGCGCUGCUGUGCACCUGCUGAUGCAUUCCAAUCCUCCAGCUGAUAUGCUCCAACGCAUGGCUGAGUUCACACACCACGAUCCAAGCCGUUAUGUACGUGCUGCCGUCAAAUCUGCCCUCAUGUCUGCUGCUGAAGCUUAUGAUUAUGAUUCGGACAAUGAGUUUGCUGAAAAUGCCAAGGCUGCCAUCAAGUUCCUUGACCCAGAGGACUACAGCUUCCAGUAUUCUUCAUCCUACAUUCGUGACUAUGCCUUCGAAAAUCUUGAAAUGUCUUAUCGCAUGUAUUACGGACAAAUUGCAUCCGAUGAUCACGUCGUACCCAAUGGUAUGUUCUUCCAACUGCGCAACAACUUCGGAGGGUUCAAAAAGUACUCCUCUUUUUACUACCUGUUCUCAAGCAUGGAAUCGUUCUUCGAUCUGAUUGACAAGCAAUACGAUAGCAGCUACUUCAAGGAAGACUAUAAAUCAGCUGACUACUACUACAAGUACUACAAACAGUUCCCCAACAAGAAGAGUGAAUACUUUGACAAGUACUACAAGUCCCACGGACCACAGAGCGACUACUACCAAAAGUUCAGCAAGAGCGAAUACAGCGACAAGGAACCACAGAAGUACUCUACUACCCGCAUUGCCAAGCUAUUGAACAUUGAUCCACGUGAAGCUGAAGAGCUGGAGGGUCAGUUCAUGAUGAAAUUGUUCAACCGCUACUUCUUCUAUGCGUUCAACAAUCAGACCAUCGAAAAUGUUCCGGAAUACCUCAAGGACAUGUUCGAAGAUUUGGAAGAUGGUUUAAAUUUCAACUACACCAAGUUCUAUCAACAAGAUGAAGCUUCCCUGGCUUUCCCGCUGGCUACCGGAUUCCCAUUCGUAUAUACUCUGAAGACGCCAACUUUGUUCAAGUUUGAAACUGAAGCCCAAGUCAAAACCUACCCAAGCAUUCACAAGAUGCCAACUGGUCACCCGGAAAAUGAAAACGAUGACUUUAUCUACAUGCCAAAGAUGUUGAACGGAUCCGUUGAUGUGAACCUGCUGUAUCAUCGCAUGGUUGAUGCCAAGGUUGGAUUCGUCACUCCAUUUGACCACCAGCGUUAUAUCGCUGGCUACCAGAAGAAAUUGUUCACCAACUUACCAUUCAGCAUGGAGUUGUCAAUGAACUUCGAAGCCGACGAAUAUGAAUUUGAACUGAUGCCCUUGGAACCAAGGAAGGACCAGCUAUUGUUCCACUUGAGCUCUUGGCCGUACACUGGCUACAAGGAUAUCACCGAAAUGCGCCCAAUUGCUGAAAGCCCAACCGUCAGGAUUGUUCAUGAUGAUGAUCAGACAACCAAGAGCUUCGAACGUACGAUGGGACAGGACAUGGUUGGAUUUGCUCUGCGUUUCCAAGCCAAGUACGAUCAAGACUUCUUCAACAUUGAACAGCUCUACGAUUUCUAUCAACAGCACGACCUCUACUCUGCCCUGUUCUAUCCAUUCGCCACUCAGCCUUAUGAAUAUCAUCAGUUCAACUUGUACUAUGAUGCCCAACGUACCAAUGUGCAGAAGAUCAAGAUCGCGGCCCACUACAAGGAAGGAGACUUCGACCAAUACUUCCAAGACACCGAUGUCAAGCACCCGAAAGGACGCCACGGCUACUCUGGAUACUAUAACGAAGCUAACUUCGCUCAACCUUUCAUCUUCUCUGCUGCUAGCCAGCGUCGUCAGGAGCAGUUUAUCAAGAACGCGGCUGCUGGAAUCCGCAACAGUGAUGUAGGAGUCUUCGACUUUGGUGUUACUUUCGAAGGAAAGAAGCAGAAGGCCGAAUAUGUCUUCACCACUGCCUACGCUGAUAGCCCGGUUGAUGAAAAGUCUCGUUUCUUGUUCUUCUUCUCUGGAAGCCCAUACUUCCAAUCGAAUUACUUCUUCGGAAUGCCAUACCAAGGAAAACAGUUCCAGAUGUGCUUCUCUGCUACCAAUGAAUUCCCGAAUGUCCCUAAGCUGAACUUCUUGAAUGCUCUGAACCAAAACGAAGAUGCCGAUCUGAAAUGGGAGCUUUCUUAUGGUGAGAAGUGCCAAGGAGGAGUCCAAUUAUCAAUGAAGGGUAAACUGCAUCAAUCGGACAUGUACCGCCAUUAUCUGCGCACCUCCAAUGUUGGCUCAACCUGUAAGGAACAGAUGGAUCGUGGCUUCUACCAACUGAUGGAAUGCCAAAACGCCACCCGUCGUGCCAGUUAUUUCGACCAAUACUCUUUCAAGUUUGAUUUCAAGAACUUUGAUUCCUACUCCCAGAACUUGACCUAUAAGUUCUAUAGCUUCUUCCAGCAGUUCGCUUUCCCGUACUACGAAGCAAACUACUUCUACAAGGGCAAGGACAAUCAAGCUCAGUUCAACUUCGAGCUGGCUCCAUAUGCUGAUUACUUCAAUGCUUCGUUCUUUGGACCUGAGUUUGCCUUCCAGGUUGAAAACUACCCUAUUGAGAACUACUACUACCGAUACUUCACUUCGAUUCACUCUGAUUUGUCUUUCUUCGAUCGUUUCGCUACCUACGCCUAUCGUGGACAGUACAACCCAUCCUGUUCCGUGUCCAGCAAAUACGUUGCUACCUUCGACGGAAAGACUUACGAUUACACCAUGGGCGAUUGCUGGCAUGUCGUUUUGCACACCGUUAAGCCAGAUUACGAGUACUACGCUUAUCAGUCGCACUUCCAGAACUCCGACUACGAGUACCGUUUCAAGAAUGGAUUUUAUGAGGAUCAACAAAUCAGCGUUCUGGGACGUUCUGGACCAAACAACGAGCUGUUCUUCAAGGUCAUCCUUGGACAGUACAAACAAAACGAUUACAACAUUGAUAUUAUCCCGAGCGGUUCUGAGCUGCCAAAGGUUUACAUUAAUGGAAAGCCCCAACAGGUUCACGAGAAAUACGCAAUUGAACUCUACACCAACGAUAACGGCGGAGAGCAGCCAUUAUUCCGCUGCUAUGCCCUUCCCGGAAACGAGCUGGAGAUCAACAUUCGCAACAAUGAUCUGAAGAUUGUGCAUGAUGGAUACCGCGCUCGUUUCUUCGCUGAUCAAUCGUACUACAACAACUUCGUUGGUUUGUGCGGAACCAACGACGGCGAAUACUAUGACGAGUUCGUUACCCCUGACCAAUGUUACAUGCGCAAGCCAGAAUACUUUGCUGCAUCAUACGCCCUCACCGGCCAGAACUGCUCCGGACCAGCAAAGGCUUUCAACUACGCUUACCAUCAGAAGGCCAAGGAAGAAUGCGUCAAGCGUGAGGUAUUCUACGGAAACGUGAUCUAUGAACACGAUUCUUAUCGUCCACGUUACCGUUACUACAACCACAAUGUCGAAGAUUCAUCAAGCUCUUCAUCGUCUUCCUCGUCCGACUCUUCGUCCUCGUCUUCAGAGUCCCAAUCUCGCGACAACUCCGGAAGCUCCUCCAGCUCUAGCUCUGAGGAAGAAAGGGAAUACCACCCACACCAACAACAGCAUACCGUCAAGCAGUGCGAAGUCAGGCACCAGCAUCAGUUCUUCGAGCAGGGCAACCAAAUCUGUUUCUCGAUGCGUCCUCUGCCAGCCUGCCCAUCUCACUGUUCGGCCACCGAUAAGAUGCCGAAGUACUUCGACGUGCACUGCCGCAAUGCCGAUGACCAAGCCGCUCAGCUGUACAAGCGAUUGAUCCAGAAGGGUGCCUCUCCGGACAUGAAGGCUCGGUCUGUCACCAAGACUGUCAAGUUCAACAUCCCGAAGACUUGCGUUCACAGCCAAUAAAACCUCAACGAAUCGUUAAGGACUGACCCCCCGCUUCCACCCAUGAACAAUUUAAGUAAAAAUGUAUGAUUUCUAAAAGCAAUAACCAAUCAAAUAAAGCAAAUUUCAAGCA